AUGAAGUUCGGACACGAAUAUGAGACGGCCCUGGCCAGCGAGGGCUACCCCGAGCAAUGGGUCAACAGCGCCAUCGACUACAAGCAUCUGAAGAAAUGCAUCAAGCGGGUACACAAAGAGCUGGAGAGCCUGGGACUGGACGAGCACACCUUGGCCGCCAUGAACGACCUCGUGGCUCAGCCUCAGACUCCCAACCCAGCAGCGACCGAUUCCAAAGACUAUCUCUCGGCUGCCAACCCAGAUCUCUCUCCAAUCCAAGAAGAGUUCGCUCCUCAACUCAAGGUACUGGUCGACAGUAAGACGGGUAGGGCGCUUGACGCGAGACUUGCGCCCGAAACCAAGGCUUCUCUGCAAAAGCUCGCGAGGCAUGAGAUGGUCGUCGAGGGUCGAAAGAAGCGUCUGGAGCAAGCACAAGCACAAGCACGCCCAAAACAACCACAGGUACUCGGUGAGACAGCACCUGUUCACGACGGCUCUGAGCGCAAAGAGUCGGUAACGCCGGAUGUGGAGGAUGCUCGAUGGGUGUACGUACCACUCGCGUCUGCACAAGACUUCUUCGAGAUGCUUGAACCCAAGCUGGCCGAGCUCGAUGCUUUGCGCGACGCCGAGACACGCAAUCUGGAGGAGAAGAUACUCGAUCUUGGCGACCUGGUUGAAGACGUCGUUCAGCCUGUUAGAGAAGGAUAUGAGGCCAAGCGAUCGAUCAGCUACCGCGACCUGUACUUCUGGAGGGAGAUGUUCCGACUGUACCUCGAAAAGCCAAUCUUCUACAGCGAGACAGAACAGAAGCGGGGCGCCAUCACAUUCGAUGAGGCCAAGAAGAAUCUCGAGAACUAUGAUCAAACACUUCGCGAGACGGGUUUGCUUGCCAAGAUGAAGACGCCAAAAGCCAAAGCUGCAGCACAACAAUUCCUCGACCUGAACUUGCAAAUCUUGAAAGUGAUGCAUUUCCAGGAGAUGAAUGCCAGGGCUAUGAGGAAGAUUCUCAAGAAGUUUGACAAGCGAACACACUUGCAAGGAGAUAAGUUUGCAAAGAACCUCAUCGUCAAGUAUCCGGAGAUCAAGUCCAACAAGAGCGGUUUUGCCGAUUCAAUCGGACGCGAUCUCCAAGCUGAGAUGGGGACGAAAGUCCUCGCAAUUGUGCCACAGCUCGACGACUGGAUCUGCCCGGUGUGCUGCGAGAUGGCCUGGCGUCCGGUGAACCUGGGCUGUUGCCGGGCAGUUCUUUGCAUCCGAUGCGUAAUCGACUUGCAAGCAAAGGGAAUGACGAAAUGCCCAAUGUGCAACGCAGAGACGGUCAUGCAAGCGAACGGCAAGAACCUCGACAUGGACACGAUGGAAUUCUUAGAAAUCUACUUUCCGAUGGAAGUGAAGAAACGACAGAAGGAGAACGAAAUGGCACAGCUAGCGAGGGACUACGGCGACGAAUUCAUCAAGCCGGGCUGCACAGUAAUGUGA